UUAGAUAAUACAAAGGAGUUAAAAUACUUAGAUUACCUACUCGAUAACAAACGCUACGCAUGCAUUCUCACAGAUAUAAUUUCUUAUUUAACAAAACAAAUAAACAGCCUAGAACGUGAUGAGUAUUUAAACAACAAUCCUCUCUUUGUUUAGCUUUGUUUGGAUAAAUUGACAGAGUGCUAUUGUGUAGUCAUCUGGAUCUGGCAAUCCCACUCCCAUCUUAAUUCAUUCCUUCAUUAAGUCCAUUAUCACCAUCAAAUCAAAAUGUUUAUUACUGGAGAAUCAGGCUCAUUUUACAUGAUGGGAGACCACACAUUUAAAAUACCAAUGGCCUUGCAUAAGCUAAACAGGCAAAGACUCUGUGAGAAACUCAAGGAAGGAACCCUGCCUGAAAAUAGUGUGGUCUUCUUACAAGGUGGUGCUGCAUUUGCCAGGUACGAUACAGACACCGAUACUUCUGCUUUUAGACAGGAGUCAUUUUUCCAUUGGUUGUUUGGUGUGACAGAGCCAGAUUAUUAUGGCUUACUUGAGGUUAGCACUGGCAAAGCAAUAUUGUUCAUUCCAAGGCUGCCUGAAUCUUAUGCUGUCUGGAUGGGAAAGAUUUUGCCACCCAGCUUUUUCAAAAGUCAGUAUGAAGUUGAUGAGGCAUACUAUGUUGAUGAAAUGGUAGAUAUUUUGAAGAGGAAAAGUCCUUUAUGUUUGCUGACUUUGAAAGGGUUGAAUGUUGAUAGCAACAGAGAGAACCAAGAAGCUUCGUUUGAUGAAAUUUCAAGCUUCAAUGUCAACAACAAAAUUCUCCAUCCUGUGAUUUCUGAGUUGAGAGUCUUUAAGACGGAUUUAGAGCUUGAUGUCUUGAGGUAUGUCAACAAAAUAAGUAGCGAGGCACAUAAGGAAGUAAUGCUUACCAUGAAACCUGAUAUGUUUGAAUAUCAAGGCGAAAGUGCUUUCUUGAACUACUGCUACAAGGAAGGAGGCAUAAGACAUGUGGGAUACACGUGCAUCUGCGCCUGCGGUCACAACGGGUCAGUCCUUCAUUAUGGACAUGCAGGUGCUCCAAAUGACAAGCAGAUCAAAGAUGGCGAUCUUUGUUUAUUCGACAUGGGAGGCGAGUACUACGGAUACGUUGCCGACAUUACUUGCACGUUUCCCGUCAAUGGAAAGUUUACUGACAAGCAGAAACUUGUGUACGAAGCUGUCCUCAGAGCCAACAGGGAGGUCAUGAAGCGUUCGAAACCUGGCGUUAAGUGGGUGGACAUGCAUAGGUUAGCAGAGCGGGUGAUAUUAGAAGAUUUGAAGGCUGGUGGCUUGCUGAAGGGUGACGUUGAUGAAAUGAUGACAGUUCAUCUCGGAGCGACAUUCAUGCCGCAUGGGUUGGGCCACCUCAUGGGUCUCGACGUGCAUGACGUUGGUGGUUACCCCAAAGGAGUAGAAAGAGUGAACGAGCCAGGAAUAAAAUGUUUGAGAACUGCCAGGAUCUUGCAGGAAAGGAUGGUCCUCACUAUUGAACCUGGAUGUUAUUUCAUCGAUCACGUUCUAGAUGCGGCCUUGAAUGACCCUGCUCAAUCGAAAUAUCUCGUGGCAGAUCGGAUCAAUGAAUUUCGAGGCUUUGGAGGAGUGAGGAUAGAAGACAACGUCGUAGUGAUGAAGGAUGGAGUUGAACUGAUAACUAACGUUCCAAGAACUGUGGAAGAGAUUGAAUCCUUCAUGGAACAGCAGAAAUUACGUUGCCAUGGGAAAGCAUGCCAUUUUUGAAAACUUUCAAAUCUAACUUUCAACUACCAAAUCGUUCAUACUCAACUUUUUAUCUAUCUUAUUUUAACAUAACGAUAACAAUAAUGUAUUUAAAACUCUGCGACUUUGUAUUUUAUUUGGUCAUUUUUAUUUUUGAGUUUGUGUAAUUUAAAUAUGAUUUGCUAUGCAAGAAAACUUGUGUAAAAUAUUUGUAUUUUUU